CCUUACCACCCUCUGCACCUGAGGCACAGCUCUGCUGAGGCCAGCGUGGGUGACCAUCCUUAGCCCUCCUUCUGGCCACCCAGGGAGGGCAAGGCUCCGGCCAGAGCCCUACAGGGAAGCCUCUGAGGGAACCAGGAACUGGGACGCACCUCCUCCACCGAGGAGUAACUCAGGGGAGACUUCCAGCCACCAUCCUGGAGGUCCUUGCACCCAGUUCCCUUCACUGGCCCCUGGAAGAGAUGAAGAAAAACACUUCGCUGCCACCCCCAUCUGGGCCCUUGGCCUCAAACAGUGCCCUGGGUGCAGUCCAGCAGGCCAGCACGUCCGGACUCCCGAGCAAGAGAGGGACUGGGUGCCAUGCCUCCUCCAAAACCCACCGGAAGCCCAACAUAUCCAAAGUGAUCCUGGGGGUCAUGGCGAGCAAGGGGGCGCGCAAGCGCGUGUCCCUGGCUACCCUGAGGAAGGCCGUCGCCACCAGCGGCUACAACAUGACCCGCAGCGCCUGGCGCUUCAAGCGAGCACUCGAGAGGCUGGUGGACAAGGGCAUACUCAAGCAGGUGAGCAAGGGGGCCACAGGCUCCGUCUUCAUGGCCAGCAAGCAUGCCUCCAAGUUCAAGCCCGAGGCAAAGAGACGGCAACGGCAGCGGCAGUGGCAGUCGGGGCAGCGCCGGCCUGGGCAGCGCCGGUUGCCCAUGGGCUCCAAGCAGGGGCACAAGAAGCUCGCCAAGGGGGUUCGCAGGGCGGCCAAAUGCCGCCACAGUUAACCAGGAAGGCUGGGCAAGCAGGGAGGGCUGCCAGGCCCGCCACAGGCUCAGUGCAGUGGGGAUAAAAGGA